AUGGCAAUAACAGUGACGAGAGAAGAUGUCGAUACGUUGAGGAAUGACUGGCUCACGGAUAAUACAAUAGCCUUCUGGCAAGACAUUAAAGAACCCCUCCAAAAUAGAUAUCUCGAAAACGAAUACCUCAAAAAAUACCCCUCCUCCCACAUCGUCCUCCUUCGUCCCUCCAUGGCCUUCAUGCUCAUGACGCAACCCGAUCCCCUAGCACUCCGCACAGCCCUCCCAAACUUCACCCGCACAACACACAUAUUCUUACCCGUAAACGACAAUCGCAAUCUCACCGAAGCAGAAGGCGGAUCCCACUGGUCUCUGCUCCUUAUCUCUGUCAUCGACGGUGUCGCCUUCCACUAUGAUUCGCUCUCGGGAUCAAAUGUACAAGAGGGAAUCUUGACGACGCGCAAAAUGAGCGUUUUGUUGAAUCGACCGUUGAGUUUUUUGAAUCUGCAGGAUACGCCGCAGCAGGAAAAUGGAAGCGAUUGUGGGAUUUAUGUGUGCGUCAUUAUGCGCCAUUUACUGUUGAAGAGAUUAUUGAGCGCAAAUGCAAAGGAAAAGGUUAGUAUGAGUAUGGGGGGGAAGUUGCUAGAUGCAGCGGGAGCGAGGAAGGAAAUGUUGAAGAUUAUUGAGGGUUAUAGAAGAGAGGGGGAGAGGAGGAGAUCACACGACGAAAGUCGCAGCUCAUCCCCUUUCCAGAGAAAUAACCGAAGUCCUCCACGAAUUGAUUCAUGA